GUGAAGCUGAUUCGCCCACAAGUACCCAGGGAACGUGAACUUCAUAACUUUAAAAUGUUACGUGGAAGUUGAAUGCGAAUAUUUUCAUUUGACUGAGGAUAUCCAUGUUUUUACAUGCAGUGCAUCGGUUUAUAAGAUUAUCAGAUUACAGUAUUUUGGGUAUGUAGUCUUUUGCUGGACACGCAUCUAGACAUCGUAUCUUCUAGGCAUCCAGAAUUAUGACUUUCAUUCCGUCUACUGCUGUAACAAAGUUAGGACUAGCUUCAACUUUUAUUUUAGGUGCUGUCGUAGGCAAUCAGCUGAAGAAGCACAAGGAUACAUCAUCUCAUUUCAUUCAUAAAGAGAGGCGAAAUUUACAUAUGUCUAAUUUAUCCAAGACAGAUUUUACUCAGAAAAAGCAGUGUGAUAUAAUAACCAAGGUUCAUAAUGCAUUACAAAAUUAUUGGAAAAGAAAGUUGGCAGAAGAUUUAGUUACAAACUAUUAUGUGGACAGAGCAAGAAAGUUGUGCCAUGUAUAUUUAAGCAGUAUGGGGUUACUUGAAGUUUCAACUGAAAUCAUCCUUGAAAAGUGGGCUGAAGAUUCAGAAUGGAUUGACAGCACAGAUCACUGGGCACCUUUGCCAUCAUUGCAGCAUCAAGACCCACCAUCAUAUAUGUCCACCUUGCGUUCUGCUGUUACAGCACUUUGGUAUGUUAGCUGUAUCAACGAAAGAUGUAGCAAGAAAGAAUUUGUGGAUACUAACCUCUUGAGAAUACUGAAGCAAGUAAUUGAAGAAAAAGACAUGAUAACCACUCCAGUUGUGUUGAAGAUAUUAGCCAAUAUAUCAACUGUGAAGGAAAACCAUCAAGAUUUUAUUGAUAUAGGCUUGGUAGAUGUCUUAAAAAUAUUUUCUGAAAACUCCCAUCCUGAAUUUUUUCUUCCUGCUUGGAGGGGCUUAUAUAACCUGAAGCAGUCAAAUGGAGAAAUGACAAAUGGACAAGAAGUCUACGUAGAAGGUGUUUAUCCUUUCAACCCUCCAUAUUAUGAUAAGCAGGAGAAUCCUUUGUUAGAUAUCAUCCUUGUGCAUGGCAUAAAGGGUUCUGCAUCUUGGACCUGGCGUGAGCAUGACCAAGGGAAAUCUAAACCACUUAUAUCUCAAGAGCAGCGUAGAAAGUUGUUAACUGGACAUUCAGAAGAUGUUGAUGCACUGUAUACCUGUUGUUGGCCUAUAGAUUGGUUAGUCAUCAACCUCACCAUACCUGUAAGAAUUCUUGCUGUCGACUUUGAUGCAGAAUGGCAAAUUUCAGGGAGCAAAUAUCCUAUACAGGCACGUGGGAAAACCAUACCUCAGCGUGCAGAAUGUAUUGCAGAAUCUUUAAAAGCUGCAAGAGUAGGAGAUCGUCCAGUUGUAUGGAUUUCUCACUCAAUGGGAGGCCUUAUUGUUAAAGACAUAAUAGUUAAUAAUUUCAGACAGAGUCUUCGGUAUUGUCAGAAGUUCAUAAUUUCUUUGUAAAUAUUGUGAAAGCUCAAGGCACAGCUGUUUUGACUCUCAAUGAGACCCAGCCUAUUCAUAAUAAUUUUCUUGGUUUCCCUGUUUAUUUUGUACCACCAAAGCAUGGAGAUCCAGGUAUUGGAACUUUUCAUGAGGUUGACGCAAGCCAUCGUGAUAUAUGCAAACCUGUUAGUAGGUAA